AUACUCCAGCAAACUGAAAAUUUUAGAGUUACAGCAGGAACAAUAAAUCAUUUAUGACUUGUAAUCUCACGAAAAAUAUGCAAGUAAUACACUAUCUCGUUUGAUUAUGGACGCAAAAAUCUGUGGAAAAUGCAAAUGCUGACAAGUUGCAGUCAUGAUUGGUCACUAUUGUCGGAGAUCGUGAACUUGAUCAGUGUCACUGUUUGAUUCAUAACUAUCGCAAAAUCAUAAAAAAGGAGUCCACCGAACUUCCUUUCGAAUCUCAUUCACGAUGGUUGCUACUAAAAAAGUCGGUAUCCUCGGUGCCACCGGCACUGUUGGCCAACGUUUCAUUCUUCUUCUUGCCGACCACCCUAUCUUCACUAUUCACGCCCUCGGUGCCUCUUCACGGUCGGCUGGCAAGUCUUACAAAGACGCUACCAAGUGGAAGCAGAGCAAGCCCAUUCCCGAAAACGUUCAAGAUUUGAUCGUCAAUGAGUGCAAAUCCGCUAACUUUGCUGAAUGUGACGUUGUCUUCUCUGGCUUAGAUGCCGAUGUUGCUGGUGAUAUUGAAAUGGAGUUCCUCAAGGCCAACCUUGUUGUAUUCUCUAACGCAAAGAACUACCGCCGUGAACCUACUGUUCCAUUGAUCGUUCCCACCGCUAAUUCUUCCCACUUCGAUUUGAUCCCACAUCAACGUAAAAUCUAUGGUCAAGACAAGGGUUUCCUCAUCACCAACGCCAACUGCUCCACCACUGGCCUUGUUGUUCCCUUGAAGGCAUUGCAAGAUGCUUUCGGACCUCUUUCGCAUAUCAUUGUGCAUACCCAACAGGCUAUUUCCGGCGCUGGUUAUCCUGGUGUCCCAAGCUUGGAUAUUCUCGACAAUGUCGUUCCUUACAUUUCCGGUGAGGAAGAGAAGAUUGAGUGGGAAACCGGCAAGAUUUUGGGUGCUGUCAAUAGCGAUGCUACUGGAUUCGAUCAUUUGGAGAACACAGUUGUGUCUGCAACCUGUACUCGCGUUCCUGUCAUUGAUGGUCAUUUGGAGAGUGCAUCCAUCAAGUUUGCCAACCAACCCGCUCCUUCCGUUGAGGAGAUCGAAAAGGUGUUGGCUGCUUACACUACCGAACCACAACAACUCGGCUGUCACUCCGCUCCAGAGCGUGCCAUCAUUGUCAACUCGCUCCCUGACAGACCCCAACCUAGACUUGACCGUGACCUCGAAAAGGGACAAGCUGUCACUGUUGGUAGAGUCAGAAAGUGCCCCGUCUUUGAUAUCAAAUUCACUCUUUUGAUUCACAACACUGUUCUUGGUGCUGCUGGAAGCUCAGUGCUUAACGCUGAGAUUGCUGUUGCUAAGGGUCUCAUCUAAAUGAUAGAUAUAUUGUACUUUUAUUGGUUUUGUGUUUUACCUCGAUAACUAAAAAAAUUAUAUAGAUAGAGCAUGGUUUUAUUGUGUAAAAUUCCACCCCAUAAGCGACAGAUAGAUGGAGGUAUAAAAUUAUAACUUGAAAAAAC